ACAUAAUUUUUUUUUCCAAAAACAUAUUUACAUGAAAAUAUUAUGAUGCUGACGAAUCUGAAACAGCUUAUGUUCUCUCUGAAAAUGAAACGAAAGAAGAGAGAACGUAACAAUAUCCUCCUUCACGGUUCAAAUGAUAUUUGCGUCGAGCUUAAUCGGAUUCUAUGGCGGAAACGGCACCGUAUCUUCUCCCUCGUAUCCUUCGUCUCCGGUUGUCUCAUCCUUUUAUUGUUCGCCGUCUCGGUUUUCUCUCCUCCUCCCGCCGCCAACCUUCUCUUCCUUCCUCCGCACUCUUUGGUGAGGAAAGAAAUAGCGGCCGUGGAGUCCAAUGCGGUGUUUCAGGUUCCGACAAGUGGAGGAGAUUUAGAUCGUGGUUUAUGGAGUACGAGUCGAUCAAAGCUCUAUUAUGGAUGCAGUAACGCCUCUAACAAGUUUCAAACUGCUGAUAUGAAAACAUAUCCCAACCGGUACUUAUUGAUCUCCACCAGUGGAGGGUUAAAUCAACAAAGAACAGGGAUUGUAGAUUCUGUUGUUGCAGCAUAUAUUCUAAAUGCAACUUUGGUUGUUCCUAGGCUGGAUCAACGUUCUUAUUGGAAAGAUGCCAGUGGUUUUGCUGAAAUAUUCAAUGUCGAUCGGUUCAUUUCAUCGCUCUCUCGAGAUGUCAAAAUAAUCAAAGAGUUACCACUCAAGGGAGGUCAACCUUGGAUACCACGUCGCAUGGCUGUUCCGAGGAAAUGCAAUGAGAGAUGUUAUCAGACUCGUGUUCUACCUGUUCUAACUAAGAAGCAAGCUAUUGAGCUUAGAAAAUUCGAUUAUCGGCUUUCGAAUCGGUUGGAAACUGAUUUACAAAAGCUUAGAUGUAGGGUAAAUUACCAUGCUUUAACAUUCACAGAUCCCAUUCUUGAUAUGGGUAAACUCUUGGUUGAAAGGAUGAGGAUGAAAGCUAAGCAUUUUAUAGCAUUGCACUUGAGGUUCGAACCUGAUAUGCUUGCAUUCACCGGAUGUUAUUAUGGUGGAGGAGAUAAAGAAAGGAGGGAACUUGGGAAAAUCCGGAGGAGGUGGAAAGCUUUACAUGCGAGCAACCCCGAAAAGAUGAGAAGGCAAGGCAGAUGUCCGCUAACUCCAGAGGAAAUUGGUUUAAUGUUGAGAGCAUUGGGGUUCGGAAGUGACGUUCACAUUUACGUGGCGUCCGGUGAAGUAUAUGGAGGUGAAGAGACGUUAGCCCCACUCAAAGCAUUGUUCCCUAAUUUUCAUUCGAAAGAAACUAUAGCCACUGAGGCGGAGUUAGCACCAUUUUCAAGUUUUUCCAGUCGAAUGGCCGCAUUGGAUUACAUUGUUUGCGACGAAAGCGAUGUUUUCGUCUCGAACAAUAAUGGAAACAUGGUUAGAAUGAUAGCUGGUCGAAGGAGAUACUUCGGACAUAAACCAACAAUCCGACCAAACGCAAAGAAACUAUACAAAUUGUUCAUGGCACGAAACAACAUGACAUGGGAAGAAUUUGCUACUAAGGUUCAAGCUUUUCAAGUAGGUUUCAUGGGAGCACCAAAAGAAGUGAAACCAGGUAGAGGUGAGUUCCAUGAAAACCCGACUAGCUGUAUAUGUGAAACUACAGGAACCGAAACUAUUCAAAAAGAAACACAAGAAGAAGACCAUGAAAAUGACAACAAUGGAAGAGAUACAGCUGAAGUAAAUGAUGAACAAGAUCCUAUUGAGGAAGAUCUAGAUUGGAUCGAAGAUGAUUAUUCAGACAACAUUAAAGACCUGCCUGAUACAGACAGCAAUGUAUUAACAAAACAAGAACAACCUGAAGUGGAAGAGUUGUUUUCAGAUUAAUGAAAGACCAGGUUUGGGAAUCUGGUAAUGAGCCUUUUUUUUGUUCCCUCCCUUAAAAUUCUUUGGAAUUUUUUUGGUAAAAAGUAACUUAGAGACCCUUUGUUAAGAAUUGGAUUAUAUUUUGCCCCUUUUCUCAACAAACAUUAAAUUAGUCUUUUUACUUUAGAUCAAAGAACAAUUGGUCCUUUCUGUUAAGAAUUUCAUCCAUUUCACGUGAAUCUCAUUCUAAUAUACAUGGACUAGUUUUUAAUAAUAGAAAUGGAUGAAAUUUUUAAUAAAAGUAUCCGUUUGUUGUUUGAUCUAAUAUAUAAAGAUUAAUUUUCACAUUGUUUUGAGUAGAGGAAUUAAAAUACAAUCUGAUUCCUAAUUCGAAGGUGUUUACGGUACUUUUACCGAAUUAUUUUACUAUCAUAAGUUGGAGAAAAUGGAGGUUGCUGCCAUGGACAAAGAUAUUUCAGUCUGUGUAGAUAAAAGGCCAGGUCAGGCGUGGACAAUGGCAAUGAACAAGUGGAGGUUUAGGGCAUAACGGUUUCUGUAUAUGUUGGCGGUGAGGAGUAGAACAAGGAACUUGUUGCUUCUUAUUACAUUAUCGUGUUGGACGAAUUUAUGCGGUAAGGCAAAAAUGAUGAUGGAUCACUGUAUGGGGUUAGUGCAGUUGUUAAGUUGUAUCUUUUUUUACCCUCUUUACUUAAAGAAAGAAAAAAAAACAAAAUAAUAGAUAAUAAAAGGAAAAAGGAAAAAGGAAAAAAAGGUAACUAUAAUGUUCUACUGCAAGGCAGAUAUGGAAAGUACAGCAAAAGAAAAAAAAAUGUAAUUGAUGGAAUAGUAGGGAUAUUCAUUAUUCAAUAGUUUUUCUUUCUUUGUGUUUGUACUUUGUAUAUAUACUUUUAUUCUGUGAAAGAUGUGCUUGGUUUAUAUUUCUACUCUCAUUUUCAUCUAUAACAUUUUUAUUUUAUAAUGUUA